AUGGCGGAGAUGGAGGCGGCCGCCGGCGCAAACAACUUGAACGGCUCCGCGGUCACGAAGUCCACGACCAACCCCUACGAUACCAACCCUGAUCGCAUUCCCAGCGAUGACCCGUUUCUUUCCCAGAGUGCGCAGUAUGGCCGCUACACGCCCCGCGCCGAUGAUUUCACCCCUCGCUUCAUGAACUGGUAUCGGUCUGACCCGGCUGUGAAUUCAUUCUGGGAGAAGGUCGCGCAGCAAUACUGUACCCCGGAACACUCACUCAAUAUCUCAGGGCCGAGGGAGGCAUUUGCGGCUGGGAGCAUAGUUAUUCGGGUUGAUCAGGAACUGGCCGAUGGAGCGGCGGCUGAGAGAUAUUCAUCUGCGAAUGCGAAUGAACUGUUAGCAGCGCGGAAGGCAGAGGGUCCACUCAGAGAGAUUGGAGUUGCAGUGCCAGUGGUAUAUUUUUGUGGGACGAUUGAGGGGAGGAAUGUGACAAUCGAGUCUCGCAUUGCGGGCGUCUCGCUGGAAGUUGCGUGGAGGUAUCUCGACACGGAACAGAUCGAGGUUUUAAAAAACCAGUGUCGCCAGAUCGUCCAACGGCUCGGAAUAAUCGAUCCUCCCCCAGACGAACCGUCCUAUUUAUGCCGUGAACUCAAUUCCCAUACCCCGCCCUCCGUCGACCCUCGCGAACGAGAUAUUCUAUUCACAGACAAAAGCAAGGAGGAACUACUAUCUUUGACACACAACAACUUUAUUCCGAGCAAUGUCAUUGUCCAGGAUAAUCGGGUGGUGGGGAUUGCCGGCUGGCGACAAUGCGGUUAUUUUGGCACUGUCAGAGCAAAGAAGGUCCACCGACUCUUCAGGGAUCUUGAACCUGCGCCUCAAAAUGGCGUGGCCAGUUCUGAGAAGAGUGUGACUUGGACCGACCUCUACGAUGGUGCCUACGACCCCAGUAAGGGAACCCCGCUCGUCGCAAACCAAGAUACACCCCUGCCCUCAGUCAAAACUGAACCGACAAGCUCUACACUCGAUAAAUUCCCAGCCAGCGACGACUUAGACACAAAUUCACUAGGUUUCGAUGGCACGGGCGACUACGCGACGUCCAAAGCAGUGGCGAACCUCAAGCAGGGGCUGACAUCAAGAGCGUCAUCGUCCGACCGGUCAUCCCCAGCAAAUUCCGUCAAACCAGCAAACAAAAAGCCCACAACAACCACUGCCAAGAAGGGAAUAGCAAAGAAACCUGCCGCUAAGAAGCGCAAGGUGAAUGACCCGGAUGCAGACAGCGUUGAUGGGCGGCGUUCCAACACACCAGUUUCCCGGGCCAGCAAAACACCCGCCAAGAGGCAAAAUUCUGCCUCGAUAGCAGGGUCGCCAGCUCCCGAGGAGAAGAAAAAGCCACAGAAGAAAAAGAAAGCGCCCAAACAGGCCACUGCCCAGGAAAAUGACGACUCCGACAGCUUCGAUGAAAACGCCAUCUUCUGUAUCUGCCGCCGACCUGAUAACCAUACGUGGAUGAUCGGGUGCGACGGUGACUGUGAUGACUGGUACCAUGGGAAAUGCGUCAAUAUCGAUCCUCGGGAUGCGGAUCUGAUCGAGCGGUAUAUCUGCCCGAAUUGCGCAAGUGAAGGAAAGGGAUGCACGACCUGGAAACCGAUGUGCCGCCUGCUCGAGUGCCGGAAACCGGCGCGUGUCAAGACGAAGCCCCCGAGCAAAUACUGCUGCGAUGACCACGGCCGGGAAUUCAUGCGUCGACAGACUCAGCAGCUUAAACAACGUGCCGGUCAGACGAAUGGUCUUUUUGAAGACCUCGGUAGCAUGGGUGGCAUUCUUACAGCUGGAGACCUGAAAGCUGCCAUUAUGGGAGUGGCAUCUACACAAGAAUUCCGGAAGCUCGGGGAUCGCAUCAUCUCCCCGCCACCACAAGUAGACGAGAAAGGAACUGCCAAGGCUGGAGUCAAGGCCGAAUCAAAGCCGCAGAGCGGCAGGUGGUUGGGAGUCGACGUCUACACCAACGGCAUGAAAUACUCGCCCGAUGAGAUUGCGAAGAUUGAAAAGCUGCGCACACAGCGCGAUGAGCUCAUUCAUCGCAAGGAGAUGCUUGCUGCACGCACAAUGUUCGUCUCGCUUCUCAAGCCUCGCGCGAAGGGCGUAGUAGAGAAACUGAAGCAGCACGAGCCGAAGGGCGGAUGGAAAGAUAUUUGUGGCUUUGACUCGCGACUCUCGUGGUCCGAUGAAGAAUUCGAUGAGUGGCGACUCUCCGAAGCUGGAAAGAAAGCUCUCGCGGAGGGAACAGCCGAAGCUUUGGCUGUGAGCUCCUCAGCCAGCACCGAUGCAGACGGGGAUACGGCGAUGAACGGCGAUGGUGAUGACGAUAUUGCAUUUUGGACGCGUGGCGUCUGCACUAAGAAACGGUGCGAGAGACACAAGCAGUGGGUCAAAGUACAGCAGCAGGAUAUUCUCUUUGAGGAGGAAACGGCAGAGCAGGACCUCGCCAAGUGCGAGGAGGAAGCUCGGUCUGUGGUGGAACGGGGUGUGAUGAGACGAUGGGUCGAGAAGGAUAAUCAGGCUUGA